CAUUCUCCAGAUUGUAGAACUGAAGCCAUGUUCCAGGAACCAACUAUGUGGAUAAAAAAAGAGGAAACAGAUGAAGUACAAACUGAGUUAUGCUCCAUGUUUCUUGAAGACCCAUUAAAGACUGAAAGCCCUAGUGUUUGGGUAAAGCAAGAUCCUGAACUGAAACAAGAUGCUGAUGGAUCUGAGCAUAAUUCUGUUAAAGACCCACUGGGAAUAUCUUGGUCCACUGAUUUUAUCAAGAAGGACCCUGAAUUAAAUCUGGAACUGAAUGCAACAGAGAAUAUUGUGGAAGCCUCAAGACACACAUCUGAUACAGCAAGAUUGACUCAGAGUGCUGGUGAGAGGUGUGGAGUAUCAUGUGAAGAAACUUGUCACCAUAGACAGGAUGAGUUUGUGAUAGACAUGGAGAAGUCAACACACGAGUUUGGUACCUAUACAGAAGAUGUGACUGUUGAUGAGGAAUGCUCAGUUGCCACCACAUAUGACUGUAGUACGAGGGAAAAGGAAUUUCAUGUAUAUAGCUGUAAUUCCUGCCAACAGAGCUUUCCUUCAAAAUACAGACUCAUAAUGCAUGUGUUUAUGCACAUUGAUGGCACACAACCACCUUUGUAUGUUUGUAAGUGGUGUGGUGAGGUAUUUCACAGUAAUGUUAGUUUGAAAAAACAUUUAAGAAUGAGUGAGAAUUAUCGUGUCUUAAUUGCUGGCAACCAUGAAAAAUAUGGCUAUAUUGAUGAGCAUCAAAGCAGUAUCAUCUUGGAUAGUUUGCCAGAAGUUUCUGCUACACAACACAAUGAGCAGUCUUCAUGUAAGGAAACUUGGAAAGCUUCAAAGAAGCCCUCUAAUGACAUGUGUAACACACACAUGACAAAUGAUACAGAGAAAACAGUUGAUUAUGGAAAUUUAUCUACAGCUGUUAAUUUCAGUGCCCAGGCUGAUCUAAUUACUGCAAACAGAACUGACAAAUAUGGUAUUUGUGGCAACUUGUUUGUUAGGUCACAUCAUCUCAAGAGAGAGAAACUAAUUCACAUGGGAAAGAAACCCCACAAAUGUGAGAUUCGUGGGGAAUCGUUUGCUCAGUCAGGUCAUUUCAAUACACAGACAUUAAUACACACUGGAAAGAAAUCUCACAAAUGUGCGAUUUGUGACAAAUCUUUUGCCCAGGCGCAUCAUCUCACGAAUCACGUCGUAAUUCACACUGGAAAGAAAUCGCACAAAUGUGAGAUUUGUGGGAAAUCUUUUGCUAGUUCAAGCAGUCUCAAGGUGCAUGGAUUAAUUCACACCGGAAAUAGACCGCACAAAUGUGAGAUUUGUGGGAUAUCUUUUGUUCGGUCAUACGAUCUCAAGAUACAUGGAUUAAUUCACACUGGAAAGAAACCUCACAAAUGUGAGAUUUGUGGGAAAUCUUUUGUUAGGUCUGGCGAUCUCAAGAUACAUGGAUUAAUUCACACUGGAAAGAAAUCUCACAAAUGUGAGAUUUGUGGGAGAUGUUUUUAUUUGUCUAACAAUCUCAAGACACAUGAAUUAAUUCACACUGGAAAGAGACCGCACAAAUGUAAGAUUUGUGGGAAAUCUUUUGUUAGGUCAGGCGGUCUCAAGGUACACGGAUUAAUUCACACUGCAAAGAGACCGCACAAAUGCGAAAUUUGUGGCAUAUGUUUUGUUAGGUCAGGCGAUGUCAAGAUACAUGGAUUAAUUCACACUGGAAAGAAACUUCACAAAUGUGACAUUUGUGGGAAAUCUUUUGUUAGGUCAGGCGGUCUCAAGAUACAUGGAUUCAUUCACACUGGAAAAAAACCUCACAAAUGUGAGAUGUGUGGGAAAUCUUUUGCUCUAGCAGGCAAUCUCAAGAGACAUGCAUUAAAUCACACUGGAAAGAAGCCUCACAAAUGUGAGAUUUGUGGGAAAUGUUUUACUAUGUUAUACAAUCUCAAGAUACACUUGCUAAAUCACACUGGAAAUAAACCUCACAAAUGUGAGACUUGUGGAAAAUCUUUUACUAGGGCAGGCAGUCUCAAGACACACAGGUUAAUUCACACUGCAAAGAAACCGCACAAAUGUGAGUUUUGUGGGAAAUCUUUUGCUAGCACAGGCAAUCUCAAGAGACAUUCUUUAAUUCACACUGGAAUGAAACCUCACAAAUGUGAGAUUUGUGGGAAAUCUUUUGCUAGAGCAGGCAGUCUCAAGAGGCAUACAUUAAUUCACACUGGAAAGAAACCUCACAAAUGUGAGACUUGUGGGAGAUCUUUUGCUAUGUUAUGGUAUCUCAAGAAACAUGCAUUAAUUCACUCUGGAAAGAAUCGACACAAAUGUGAUAUUUGUUGGAAAUCUUUUGCUAGUUCAGGCGAUCUCAAGACACAUGCAUUAGAACACAUUGGAAGGGGACGUCACAAAUGUGGUAUCUGAGCCAAAAGUUUCACUCAAAUUGGGUACUCUCAAAACACAUGCAUUACUUCACAUAAGAAAGAAAGUACAAGUAAGUGUUAGUUUAUGCAAAUAGGUUUUCCUGGUUUGUGCCAUCAAGGCCUAUAAAAUAAUGGAUGUAACAGGGGGAUAAGAAAUUGUAAUGCUUGUGAAAUAACAUUAAAAUGUGUUGGAAACAAAAGUGUGCAAUGAUGCGUAGUAUAGAGUGGUAACACACGAUGUGACAAUAUAAAAAUCCAUAUCAGCAGGUUGAGAUGUCAAGAAAUUCUAUUACUAAAUACUCCUGAAACAUGAAUCAAAUGUGUUUUUGUCAUUAACACUACAGUUUUUCCCAGUCGAUAUUGAGACAAAAAGAUUGUGAAUUUGAUAAAUCCUUACCUUCUUCAGUAAUCAUAAGUACCAUGCAAUAUUCAGUAGAAGGCCAAGAAAAUGUGACGACUUCCUGCUUGUUAUUCCAGUUAUAGUCAUCAUGUAGUACUUGUAGCUCUGCAUUUUAGAAAGGUGAGAUCAAGAAUGUAUUUAUAGCAUUUCUUUCACUCAGGCUAGUAAACUCAUCACUGGAGAAACAUAAUUAUGGCAAUUAUUAUAUAGCAACAUGCCUACUAGUAUGUUUGUCCACAUUUGUCAAAAUACGUUGACAGUUCUACAUGAUAUGGACGUGACACGCUAUUUUCAUGUUUCUGGAUGUAUAUUGCACCAGUUGUAUUCCACACAUUCAAAUCAGCUAAAUGGUUUGGUGGAGACAUCAGUGUUAGUUACCAUGCUACUCAGACCACUGUGGAGUCGUUCUGUACAUGACAUGGACAGUUAUCCUGCUGAAAGCUGCCUUCACUGUGGGAGAGUACAUCAGUCAUGAGGGAAUCCUUGUAGUUGCAAUAAAGAUCACAUAGUCUGCAACUGUCAUUUUGCCUUCAAUUAUUACCAGAUGUCCCAAAGUAGCCCAUAUCAUAAUGGACCCCCUGUUGCCAUUCCCCUAGUUGACUGCGUAUCUGGAUGUGGCAACUGACCUGGUGUAAUAGGAAAUGUCACACGUGUUGACAGUUGGCAGUUGACAUUAGCAUUGACCUUCAUUCCAGCCUAAAUGAUCCCUUGCCCGCUGCAGUUGCAAUUGAACAGUUUGGUGGAUUGGAAAAUAUGCCACAUUUCCAGCUUUACAGAACAGGUAAGCUUCUGAUCUCCAUGAUUUGUGAUGAAGUAUAUAAGUAUUACAUCUUUACAUAAGGUUAUGGAUUUAUCACCUUUCAGCCACUUUCCACAGAUGUUCACAACAGUAGCAUAGAUCCAGAAAGCCAGCUUCACCACUUUUGAGGUGCUAGUUGCCAACUGCAAUGCCACCGUAACCUGCCCUUUGCUAAAGUCACUUAUGUAAUUGGAUUUACUUGUUCGCAACCCAUCUAAUUGGUAGAACAAUUACUUCUUAAUAUCUGAUCUGCUAUACUUGUAAUCUGCGUACUGCAUCAUGUGUGUACAACAUGGCAUUCAUUCUCCUCUCAGGCAGUGUUCAUGACAUUUUUGUUCAUCAGUGCAUCUACAUGUAAACUGGUCAGAUGCGGGAAUGUGUAGUCUAACAAAAUCAUUGUGCUUGGUUACCAUUUACACCAGUGUACAAUAGCUAUAUUUUUUGUGAUAUUUUUCUGUUUCACAAAGCUCUGUACUUGAUUAAGAGAUAAUGUAGAUAAGUGUUAUGCACCGAAGCUCCUAAUUAUUUGUUCAGCGUGUAAUACUGUUGCAAGUUUUACACAAAAUGAAAUCGAAAAACAAACGUUAGGUGUUCCAGUUCGAUUCCAUUCAUUUGUACACACAAGAACACCUGGGAGAGCUGAGGACAUGAGUACUAAAUAUGUCUUGUGUUAUAUUCAAAGAUGUUCCCAUUCUGGAUAUUCUUCUUAAUUUGUGUAAAUAAACAUGACGUUUUAGGAAA